AUGGCACCCCCAAACGAGGAUACAUUGACCAAAGUGUCUACCGAAGCCGCGACUGAAUUCGUCCAGACAUUCUACCAGGCUCUGAGGUCCAAUCGUGAAUCCAUCGGCUCAUACUACGACGCCAAUCCGCAAACCAUCAUAUUCAACGGAAACCCUGUGAUCGACGGCGCGGCAGUACAAGAUAUCUUUGUCAACCAGAUGCCCCCUGCAAACUUCGAGAUUCAAUCAUACGACUGCCAGAUUAUCAACAAGGCAUUCCCCACCACGCUGCCCGGCGGCGGUUUGAAGCCCCCGGCGGAGAUGGGGGUCAAGGACAUGUCAAUCCUCAUCCUGGUCAGCGGAGCUGUGCGAUACGGAGAAAACCGCGAGCAGCCACAGCGUGGGUUCAGCGAGACAUUCGUGUUGACUCCCAAUCCAUCUGCCGAUCGCGUGCGAGGCCGCAAGGAUUUCUUGAUCCAAAGCCAGAAUUUCCGUCUCGUCGUUUGA